UCCAACUUCCCAGGAAGACUUGGAGUUCCCUGGUUGUUUGGAUUCUUGAGGCCUAGGAAGGCACCCCUAAGAGAAUUCAGAGACCUGACAAUGUCCCUGUAUUGUGGAACUGCUUGCAGGAGAAAAUUUUUUUGGUGUUAUAGGCUGCUGUCAACCUAUGUCACUAAGACACGGUAUUUAUUUGAACUGAAAGAAGAUGAUGAUGCAUGUAAAAAAGCCCAGCAGACAGGAGCAUUUUACCUCUUUCAUAACUUGGCUCCUUUGCUUCAGAAAUCAGAACAUCAAUACCUGGCCCCCCAGUAUAGCCUAUUAGAGUUGGAAAGGCUCCUGGGUAAGUUUGGACAAGACUCACAAAUACUAGAAGAUUCCGUGCUAAUUGGAUGCUCAGAACAGCAAGAAGCAUGGUUUGCUCUGGAUCUAGGUCUAAAUAGCUCUUCUUCCAUAAAUGCUUCCUUACAGAAAGCUGAAAUGGAGACAGCCCUCCAGGGGUCUUUCAUUAAGCUGACAAAGGCUCUCUUUGAGCUGAAUGUGAAGGAUGCCUCCUUGCUGUCCACGGCUCAGGCUCUUCUCCGUUGGCAUGAUGCUCAUCAGUUCUGCAGCAGAAGUGGGCAGCCCACCAAGAAGAAUGUGUCUGGCAGCAAGCGUGUGUGCCCUUCCAAUAACAUCAUCUAUUAUCCACAGGUGGCACCUGUGGUGAUCACUCUGGUGUCAGAUGGAACUCGAUGCCUGCUUGUCCGCCAGAGUUCCUUUCCCAAGGGAAUGUAUUCUGCCUUGGCAGGUUUUUGUGAUAUAGGUGAAAGUCUGGAAGAGACUGUCCGGCGAGAGAUUGCAGAAGAGGUGGGAUUGGAGGUGGACAGACUGCAUUACUCUGCAUCCCAGCAUUGGCCCUUUCCUAACAGCACACUCAUGAUUGCUUGUCAUGCAACUGUGAAACCAGGGCAGACAGAGCUCCAGGUGAACUUGAAAGAACUAGAAGCAGCUGCCUGGUUCAGUCGUGAUGAGGUGGCCACAGUCCUGAGGAGAAACAACCCAUCUAAUCAACAACAGAGUGGGGCCGUCCCGUUCUGGUUGCCCCCCAAGUUAGCCAUUGCCCAUCAACUGAUAAAGGAGUGGGUGGAAAAACCGACCUGUUCUCCCCUGCCUGCUUAGCUCAGAUCAGGCUACCUGAUCAGAUAACUCCCUCCUCACGAUCUAAGAGGGGCACAUCAGAGAACAACCGAUAAACAGGAGGAGACAAAAGCCCAUCCCAGGCCAACCUCAUAAGGCAGAACAGAUGGUGAGCCUACUGCAGGACACAUCUGCCAGUGUUAACAGAAGUUCCUAACCACAGGCAAUCAAAAAUGCCAAAACCCAUCAGAUAACAAUCAAAGCAAAAGUUGGUUAGUUUGGAUACAGGCCCUUUGUUCACUCAUUUUCUCCUGGGCUGUGGAAGCAAACAUCUUCUGGCAUAUGGCUUAUCAAUGCUGGAUUUAUACUAACUGCCAAAAUGUGCCUGGUAUAAUUUCAGUUAAAAUUUUAUCUUAGUAUUAAAAAUAUAUAGCAGAUCUCAACUGAGUUACUUUUUAUGUUCACAGAAUUUUAAAAAGUAGCACAACAUUUUUGAAUUUGCAUAGAGGUAAUUGUUUUAUAUAUAGUAGUUAAGUAAAAGUCAUAGUUCCUUAAGUCCUUCAUCCCAGGAAAGCAGGAAUUAAGGUCUUCCUCAAGGUGCUCUGUAAUAAAUCAGAUACAGUGAUGUUCUGUUGAGGUAACUGCAUGCCAGUGGGGCUCAAGAGGGUAAGCAUUUUUUGCUGUUACUUGCUCAGUUUGCGACCCAGGGAAAAGAGUAUCCCUUGCCACGCCUGUUUUCCUAAACUUAAAAAUGGUUGCAGCCAUUUGCACACCCAGUAAGUGUUGUAACUGCAAUAA